AUGACUCGUGGGACCAGUUCCAAACUGGGCCACUAUGUGGCCAAGGGGCUCGGUAUCAAGCUCCCCUAUAGAGAUCCUCUGGGAGCUACCGCCGAGCCUGUCACCAGAGGCGAAUCGACGAUUUCCAUGGGCACGGUCGACACAUAUUCAUACAACGAGCCCGAGCCUACAAGUAUCGAAUGGCUGUGUGAAAUUAUGCCGACUGGAGGCCAACUCGGCAGAUAUUUUAUCAGUUUAUUCCCUUUCCUCACAUGGAUCGGCAACUACAAUAUGCAAUGGCUGAUGGGUGACAUGAUUGCUGGUAUUACCGUGGGAGCCGUGGUUGUGCCACAGGGUAUGGCCUAUGCUCAGCUGGCGAACCUGGAAGUGCAAUACGGCCUGUAUUCCUCGUUCAUGGGUGUUCUGAUCUAUUGGUUCUUCGCUACGUCAAAGGACAUUACCAUCGGACCUGUGGCUGUCAUGUCCACUCUGACCGGAACCAUUGUCGCCAAGGUCCAGCUCGAAUUCCCAGAUUACCCGGGCCACUUGAUUGCAUCCUCUCUUGCUGUCAUCUGCGGCGGCAUUGUCUUUGUCUUGGGUCUCUUGCGUCUCGGAUUCAUUGUCGAUUUCAUUCCUCUGCCCGCCAUCUCGGCAUUCAUGACUGGCUCCGCCAUUAGCAUUUGUGCAGGACAGGUUUCGACCAUGCUAGGUGAAACUGACAAAUUCAGUACCCGCGGUGCUACUUAUCGGGUCAUCAUUGAUACCCUCAAACAUCUCCCGAGUUCAAGUUUGGAUGCUGCUAUGGGUGUCACUGCCUGUGCAAUGCUAUAUAUCAUCCGUGCAGCUUGCUCUUAUGCGGCUAAGAAGCAGCCUUCCAAAGCAAAAAUUUGGUUCUUCAUCUCGACUCUUCGCACCGUGUUUGUGAUCUUGUUCUACACAAUGAUCAGUGCCGCUGUGAACUUGCACCGGAGGGACAACCCGGCCUUCAAGCUCCUCGGAACUGUUCCUCGUGGGUUCCAACAGGCCGCCGUGCCUAGGAUGGAUUCUCAUAUCAUCUCAGCCUACGUUGGCGAGCUUCCCGCUGCAGUCAUCGUUCUCUUGAUCGAGCACAUCGCCAUCUCCAAGUCUUUUGGCCGCGUUAACAACUACACCAUCGACCCAUCCCAAGAAUUUGUGGCUAUUGGCGUUACUAACCUUCUCGGACCUUUCCUUGGAGGCUAUCCUGCCACAGGUUCUUUCUCACGCACUGCCAUCAAGUCCAAGGCCGGAGUGCGCACCCCGCUUGCUGGUUGCAUUACCGCAGUCGUGGUGCUGCUGGCUAUCUACGCUCUCCCCGCUCUUUUCUUCUACAUCCCCAAAGCGUCGCUGGCUGGUGUCAUCAUUCACGCUGUCGGUGAUCUGAUCACUCCUCCCAACGUUGUCUACCAGUUCUGGCGCGUCUCCCCACUUGAUGCCAUCAUCUUCUUCAUCGGUGUUAUUGUCACGGUCUUCAGCUCCAUCGAGAACGGUAUCUAUUGCACCGUUUGUGUGUCGGUUGCCGUCCUGCUUUUCCGUGUGGCCAAGGCUCGCGGUCAAUUCUUGGGCCGCGUCACCAUCCACUCUGUUGUUGGAGACCACCUGCUGAACGGCGAGGGAAAGUACGGGUCCCUCGGAAACAACAAGAAAGACCCCUCCGACGACGAGGAAACUCAUCAGCGCACUAUCUUCCUCCCCAUCAACCAUACCGAUGGCUCCAACCCCGACAUCGAUGUGGAGCAACCUCUCCCCGGUAUCUUCAUCUACCGCUUCUCCGAAGGCUUCAACUAUCCCAACGCCAACCACUACACCGAUAACCUAGUCCAAAGCAUCUUCAAGGCCACUCGGCGCACAAACCCGAACACCUACCGCAACCGCGGCGACCGCCCAUGGAACGACGCCGGACCCCGCCGCGGCAAAGAAAACACCGAGGACGACUCGCACCUCCCCCUCCUCCAAGCCGUCAUCCUGGACUUCUCCUCCGUGAACAACGUCGACGUAACCUCCAUCCAGAACCUCAUCGACGUGCGCAACCAGCUGGACAUGUACGCCUCCCCCCGCUCAGUGCAAUGGCACUUUGCGCACAUCAACAACCGCUGGACGAAGCGCGGCCUGGCAGCCGCGGGCUUCGGCUACCCGACCCCUAUGGCCAGCGACGGUUUCCACCGGUGGAAGCCUAUCUUCAGUGUGGCCGAGAUCGAAGGCAGUGCCUCGGCCGCCGCGCAUGCCGAGAUCGUCGCCAACCAGCGCGAGCAGGCGUACCACAAGAGCGAGGAUCUCGAGUCGGGCGUUAAGGUCGACUCGAAUGCGAUCGAGCGCGAGACGCAGGCUGAUAGCUCUUCUUCUGAUACUACGGAUGUUAUUCAUGAAGAUAAGCUGCAGCGUGAUAUUACGAGUAGUCAGGCGUAUAGUCGUCGCAAGGUUGCGCUCGUGCAGGGCAUGAACCGGCCUUUCUUCCAUAUCGAUCUGACAAGUGCGCUGCAAAGUGCCGUUGCCAAUGCCAAUGAUGAGAUUCCUCACAUGGGCUGA